CGACAGGUAUUUUUGGUUGUUCACUACGUGCCUGAGCGCGCGUAAUGGACAUAUUUGCGGGAUAUUGAAAAAAUCCAUGCAAUAUAUAGCAUAGCUCAUCACAUUAGAUAAAUCAUGAUGGAUGCAAAACGCGUUUUGGGGUUGCAGUGCAAAGCUAUUUCUACGCCUCGUAAAACUCAAUGGCUGUGUGUAAAGGUAGAAGAGUACUAUCGAGGAUUAUUCUCGCUGAAUAAUACGGUCAAAAACGGUACUUGGUGUAUGGACAAAAGCAAAUCAUGCGUGAAGAUGGCAGAACAAACGUAUUUGUUUUUUAAACUUCCUCUUUUCAAAAAAAGCACGCACUUAAAAAUUGUACGUUUUAUCCACAAAUCUCUUAAAUAUGUUUGUAAUGCGGUUAAUGCCUACUGGUUUGCUCAGCCCUGUAUUUUGAGGCAAAUUUACUAUCCACACAAAGAUUGCAUCGCUCUGAUCGAUUCAUCUCCAGUACCAAAAAAUAAACAUAUGUUUCUUGUCUUAAACCGAUACGUAAAAUCAAAAACACAAAUUAUUUUACAACCUUUCUCUGUUUGA